AUGUCUGAUGAUAUUGACUGGUUACGCAGCCGCAGGGGCGUGUGCAAGGUAGAUCUCUACAGCCCAACAGGACAGAAAGAUCAAGACCGGAAAGUGAUAUGCUUUGUCGAUGUGUCUACCCUGAAUGUGGAAGAUAAAGACUCCGAGGGUGCUGCUGGUUGCAGCUCAGAAGGUGACUUAAACCUGGAGACUCUGGAAGAAAAAGAGAUUAUCGUGAUCAAGGACACUGAGAAGCAAGACCAGUCUAAGAUGGAGGGAUCUGUAUGCCUUUUCAAACAAACUCCCUCUGAUCCCAUGAGUGUCCUCAAUUGGCUUCUCAAUGAUCUCCAGAAGUAUGCCUUGGGUUUCCAACACGCACUGAGCCCCUCAGCCUCUAGCUGUAAACAUAAGAUAGGAAACACAGAUGGCGAAUAUCACAAAAUACCCUCUGGGAACUGCUACAGUGUCUAUGCCAAUCAGCUGAACAUGGAUUAUGUGGCCAACGGACCUCAAAGCCUACAUCUAGAAAUGACAGCAACCAAAAACACCAACAAUAACCAAGGUCCUUCGACUCCUCCAGCCAAGUCUCCUAGCACCCAGAGGGCAGUUAUCUCCCCUGAAGGAGAAUGUUCUACGGAUGACCUUUCCUUCUAUGUCAACCGACUAUCUUCUCUGGUAAACCAGAUGGCCCGUAAGGAAAUCAAGGAGAAGUUAGAAGGUGGAAGCAAAUGCCUUCAUCAUUCAAUCUAUCCACCCCAUGGGGACAAAGGAAAAAACAGCCCCCGCAGUGCUGUGAGCAAGAUUGCUUCUGAAAUGGCCCAUGAUGCUGUGGAAGCGACCUCUGCAGAAAUGAAUGGCAAUGGGGAGGAGUGUAGGGAAGGUGACCAGAGGACAUUUCUGUAUAGUGAAUUAUCCAACAAGAACAAGGGUGGAGACAAGCAGAUGUGCCAGAGAGAUAGCAAAGACUUUGCAGAUUCUAUCAGCAAAGGCCUCAUGGUUUAUGCAAAUCAGGUAGCAUCUGACAUGAUGGUUUCCGUUAUGAAGACCUUGAAAGUGCACAGUUCUGGCAAGCCAAUUCCAGCCUGUGUGGUCCUGAAGAGAGUGUUGUUAAAGCACACCAAGGAAAUUGUGUCUGAUUUGAUUGAUUCCUGCAUGAAAAACUUGCAUAAUAUUACUGGAGUCCUGAUGACCGACUCAGAUUUUGUCUCGGCUCUCAAGAGGAAUCUGUUCAACCAUGGAAAACAAAAUGCUGCUGACAUCACGGAGGCCAUACUGAAGCGCCUGGUUAGUGCCCUUCUUGGCGAGAAGAAGGAGACUAAGUCUCAAAGUCUGUCAUAUGCAUCUUUGAAAGCUGGCUCCCAUGAUCCUAAAUGCAAGAACCAGAGUCUUGAAUUCUCAGCCAUGAAAGCUGAAAUGAAGGGGAAGGACAAAGGCAAAACGAAGCCAGACCCAUGCAAGUCAUUAACCAGUGCUGAGAAAGUUGGUGAACGCAUUCUCAAGGAGAGCCUGACCAUGUGGAACCAAAAGCAAGGAAACCAAGGUAAGAUGACUACCGAAGCAUGUACCAGUAAAGAAGAGAAAAGAGAGAAGAUCAGCCCUUCCACAGAUUCACUGGCCAAGGACCUAAUUGUCUCUGCCCUUAUGCUGAUCCAGUACCAUCUGACUCAGCAGGCCAAGGGCAAAGAUACAUGCAAAGAAGACUGUCCUGGUUCUACCAUGGACUAUAUGACUCAGAGUGCCCAGUAUGAAAAGUGUGGAAGUGGCCAAAGUGCCAAAGCAAUGUCAAUGAAACAUCUAGAAACUCACGGAGCUCCUGGACCAUCCACCUCUCUAAAGGAAAAUCAACAGCUGGACUCCGAGAAGCUGGAUAUGUCAAACAUUGUUCUAACGCUGAUUCAGAAACUGCUUAGUGAGAGCCCCUUCAACUGUGAUGAUCUAUCUGAAGGUGAGAACAAGCGUUCUGAGAAGGCAAGCAAAGCAGCUUCUGUGUCCAAGAGAUCUAACAGAGGGGAAGAACAAUGCCAGGACAAUCAAGAACUUGACUUUAUCAGGGGGAUAAAGCAAAUGAGCUGGCAAUUUAUAGAUCAGCUGGUAGAAUCUGUGAUGAAGCUGUGCCUUAUCAUGGCUAAGUAUAGCAGCAAUGGCGCAGCCCUUGCUGAAUUGGAAGAACAAGCAAACUUGGCCAGAUGUAGUCAUGAUGGUGAGAUGUCACAGAACAAUCAAGACUCUCCUGGGCCUGAAGUCAUCGUCAAUAAUCAAUGUUCUACAAGUAACUUGCAGAAGCAGCUCCAGGCUGUCCUGCAAUGGAUUGCAGCCUCCCAGUUUAAUGUGCCCAUGCUCUACUUCAUGGGAGAUGAUGACGGACAACUGGAGAAGCUUCCUGACGUUUCAGCUAAGGCAGCAGAGAAGGGGUACAGUGUGGGAGACCUUCUUCAAGAGGUCAUGAAGUUUGCCAAGGAACGACAACUGGAUGAAGCCGUGGGAAACAUGGCUAGAAAACAACUUCUAGACUGGCUGCUCACUAACCUGUGA